AUCAGAACCAAUUUCAACAAGAGUUUUUAUAUUUGACGUCUUCAUUUUAGAUAAUUACAACAACAAGAAGAAAAAAAAUCAUCUCAUCUAUAUAGCGCUUAGGGUUUCAUUAUCGAGAUCUGAUAUUUGUUUUAGCAAUGGGACCGAGGAAAAAAAAAGCAAAUCGCCGGAGACAAGAGGAAGAAGAAGCAAACUGGUCGGCGCUAUGUCCGGACUUGCUGCGAUGUGUUUUCAAACGAUUGAGUUUCACAGCUCUUAAUCGAGCUAAAUCGGUAUGUUCUACGUGGCACUCUGCUUCCAGAGGCUGCGUCCCUAACCAAAAUCAGAUUCCAUGGCUGAUUCUCUUCCCUCACGAGGAGGAAUCCAACAAAAACAGUAGUAGUUGUGUGUUGUUCGUUCCGGAGGAUCAAGACAAAGUUUACACAAGUAAAGAUCUUGGUGUUGACUUUUCCCAGAGUCGUUGUCUGACGACUUGUGGUAGCUGGCUCUUGUUGUUGAAUCGUCGUCGGGAUCUCUACAUUCUCAACCCUUUAACUGGCGAGAGGAUUGAUCUAUCCAAUAACCAACAUUUACCAAGUGACUUAAGAUGCGACCAAGUUUGCUUUCGGAUAGACAACAAAACCAAAGAUUACCUAGUUGUAAUGUUGCAGUACUGUAGUGUGUUUACCAAGAAAGGAUAUAAGAAGUGGCACGACUUUCCCCACUUGGAUUGUUAUGGAGAUUUUGCCUACAAUCAAAAGGAUCAAAAGCUCUACGUUCAUUAUCCCAAUGAUAUUGUCAAUAUUUGGGAUUUAUCAGGAGAUAAUCCACACAAAGAUAGGUCUCUGUCUCUUGAUCCUUUUUAUAUCAAUCAUUAUGAUUUCCCCUCUUUUCUUAAUGAUAACGAAGAUGAACUUUACUGGGACAAGUUACGUGGCUUCGCGACACGCACUGCAGUCACAGUAUCCGGACAUGUUUUGAUGGUGUCAAGUAUAGUACAAGACUGCAAAACAUGGUAUUUUCGCAUCUACAAGACAAACUUGUAUGGCAACUGGGUGAAAGUCAAAUCUUUGGGCAAUGAAGCAUUGAUCUAUGAUAUGGGUAUCACUGUUGUCGCCAAUGGCAUCCCAGGGAUCAAAAGGAACUCUAUCUACUUCAGUGGCGUCGAUCAUGGCAGAGAUGAUCCACAUCACAUAUUUGUCUACGAUCUCACCACCCAAAAGAUGGAACCUUUGCCACAAUGCGCCUUCUCUACCAUACGAUUCUCUGAUGCUCGUUGGUUCUUCCCGUGCUAGUCGUCUACCUGCGCAACUUCAGGACAUAUCGCCUCUGUUCCUUUUAAUGUUUUAAGCUCGAUUUGCUUUAGACUUGUUUUAUUCGUUUGUUUUUUUUUGCUUUCAGUUCUAAAUCUUGAUGAUACAUUAUCAUUUUAUUCAUCUGUUGUUGAGAGUUUAGUCUCUUUGACGAUAAAAAGGGGUUUCAAGUCCAUUUUGUUCCCAAAGCAGAGGAACUACGAAACA